AUGGCUGGCUUGAAAUGUGAUGGGAAAUUUCCGGUGACGGAGGAGGUAUCAAUGGAAGAAGAUGAUGGUGGUGAUGAAACGAGGAAGAUUGGAGUCUCUGGAGGAAAUAUAUCACUUGUUGUUGAUUUUAGUGGCUCUUUGACUCGGACUAGAUCUCAAAAUGUUUCCCCAAAUGAGAAUCUUGUUAAGGAAAAUCAAACUCAGGAGCUUCUGGUUGGGAAUCUUGUAUGGACGAUGACUAAAUCCAAGAAAUGGUGGCCAGGGGAAGUUGUUGGUUUCAGAGCUGAUGCAAAGGAGAGUUUCAUGGUUAGACAUCUUGGUGAGAGCCAGCUUGUUUCUUGGUGCGCACCUUCAAAGCUGAAGCCUUUCAAGGAGAGCUUUGAGAAGCUGGUGAAUCAAAGAAACGACAAUGGCUUUUUCGCUGCGGUAGAGAAUGCUAUGACCCUGUUGGGAAACUCGUUGAAGCUUGAGAUGACUUGUUCUUGCAUUGCUGAGAAGAACGGAGUAAUGCCGUCUCAAUAUGGUAAAACUCGGAAGACGAAGCCUUUGAUACUUCGUGAAUUCUCUGUGGAUCGGUUGGAACCAAAAGAUUUUGUCUUUGAGUUGAAGAAUCUGGCGAAAUGUGUUUCGAAUGGUGGGAUACUUGAGAUGACAGUUAUGCAGAGUCGGUUAUCAGCUUUUUACACUUUCUUUGGGCAUAGGCAGGUACCAAUGAGCGAGCUACAACAAAACGAGGUUAGGAAAGUGUUCACUGCAGCUAAGAUGAAAGAGAGUCAGUUCGUUGGUUCUCCGUCCGUUGUUGCAGGUAGUAGCAGGAGGAAGUUUCGGAAAGAAUGGUUUAGGAAAUUUGUCAGUGAGGUUGACAAUGUGUCUGCGAGAAACGAUUUAGUGAAUGCGUCUCCUUCUGAUUUGGUAUCUAAACUCAAGCUGCUUGCUGUGGGCUACAGUUGUUCAGAAGAGACUGAAGAUAUUGGUCUCUUUGAGUGGUUCUUCUCCAAAUUCAGAAUUUCUGUGUAUCAUGAUGAGAAUGCUUACAUGAUGCAGUUGGGUAACAUGGCUGGUUUGAAGGAUUUGAUGCUAGCUAAAGAUGCAAAUCCAGGUUCUACGCAGAAAACCUCCAUGUCAAAAACAUUAGGGAAGUCAAAGAUUGUUUCAGUUGCUGAUACUGAGCAGAAGAAGACCUUUGAGACGCAGAAAUCAGUGAAGUCAAAGAUCGAGACUUUGACUGGUGUUUCAGUUGCUGAUACUGAGCUGAAGACCUUUGAGUCGCAGAAAUCAGAGAAGUCAAAGAUCGAGACUCUUAAUGGCGUUUCAACUCCAGAUAAUGAGCAGAAGGCCUCCAAGCCUAAGAAAUCAAGGAAGACAAGGAUCCAACAUAUCCUUGAUCACUCUGAUUCUAUAAGUUCUGUUGCAAAUGCGUCGUUUGCGAAAGAUUUCGAAGAAAAAGCUUCUUUGGCAGAUAAACUUAGCAGACCUGCUGCUACACAUGUACUACCAGACUUAAACAGCGGAGGCAAUGCUUUAGCUUCUGCAGAAUUUGACCGUUUACAAAGACCGGAGACUUUAACUCCUCCCAAUGCCGUCCCACAAAAGGAGCAGACGCCAAGAACUAUGAUGUUGAACUUCCAGGUGGCAUCUUCAUGUUCAAACCACGGAGUCUCGGGAACAGGGUUUGUUUCCAGCCAGCCAGCUUCGGAAAGAAACUUCACUAGCGCAGACCUCUUUUUCAAGAGAAAGAGAGGAAGGAAGAGGAAGAAUCCGGAAGAGCUUCCAAAAGUUGCACAUGCCACUAGUGGUAUACCUGACUUAAACGGAACAGCUACAGAGCCAGCUUCGGUUCUGCCUCAAGCCGAGCCUACUCAACGCAAAAGACGUCAGAAGAAAGAGUCGCCUAUUGGAUUAACCAGAGGAAUCACUAUCCUCUUCUUGAAAUUUGCCUCCCAAGCGUCAAUGCCUUCAAGGGACGACUUAACCUCGACAUUCUCUGCGUUUGGCCCUUUGGACUCUUCUGAAACACACGUCUCAGAAGAGUUUAGUUGUGCACAGGUCGCCUUUGUGAGUAGUGGUGACGCGGUGGAAGCAGUUAAAAGCUUAGAGAAAGCUAACCCGUUUGGUGAGUCCUUGGUGAAUUUCAGGUUACAGCAGAAACUGAUAGCCGUUCAAAAGAACAUAGCCCCUCGAAUGCCGGUGAUCUCGCACAUUAGUCCACUACCGAGACCGAGUAAUGCACCGAUGGGUGUGGAUUCAAUGAGGCAGAAUCUGAUGAUGAUGACUGCAAUGCUGGAUAAAUCAGGGGAUCGUUUGUCAAGAGAGACAAAGGCAAAACUGAGAAGCGAGAUCACUUGUCUUUUGGAAAAGAUUAAUUCUAUGCCUAGCUCUUCUUCUUCUUCCUGA